AUGAUAUGGUGUUCAAGAAUUCGGGUGGCGGCGGGUAGACCGCCGGCGGAUAGUUGGCCGGGGGAGGGGCAUGGUGCGGAUAUUGCGGAGGAUACGCGGGCGGAUGCUGCGCUGGCGGAUACCACGCUGGCGGAUACUGCGCUGGCAAAUACUGCGCAGGUGGGUACUGCGCAGGCGGAUGUUGCGCGCGCGGGUAUUGUUGCGCCGGCGGGUACUGAAGUGCUUGUUGUUGCGCCGGCGGAUACUGCGCCGGCGGAUAUUGGGCGGGCUGUGGAGGUUGAUACUCUCCUCUAUACGGGUAUGAAUGGCCGUAUGACUGAACAUAUCCUUGCGGUGCUGAAGCCUGAUACUACAUCGAACGCGCCUCUACGACUCACAGGCACCUGGAGGUGCACAGAACAUGGCUCGUGGGAGUCCCGACUAGCAGAAGAACUCUUCACCCGCAUUAGUGCAGGCUACUACUACACUGGACAGGGUUUCAACAUUGCCCCGGCUGGUAUUGCUGUCAGCUCCGCCAAUCUAGGCAUUCAGCUACACGAGGAAGCCACGGAGAAGUGGCGAGAGUGUGAAUUCUUCCGUCUUUCACUUCCGCUUUACAUCAAGCAACAGCAACGGGAGCUUGAUACCGGCUUGCCAGCCUACCAGAACUUCGUUGCUGGCAAGAUGGAAGCGACGCAGAUUGCAAGAAAACGAGAAGACGAGCGACGGCAACGGCAACGGCAAGCUCGGGUUAUUAUGCUGGAAGAACAACUAGAUCGUCUCGAGCGGGCCGCCAUCCCAGACAGGACCCUAAAUGAGCGGCUCGACGCGCUCUGUGAUGAACACACUGUCACGGAAAACGCCUGCAAUGACAGCUAUCCCGACGUGCGAGCAGUGCUCGAGGCAGGACACAGCUAUCGGCAACGAUAUCCGACAGCAAAUCGCGAGGUAUUUCCAAGUGCCGGAACACCGGGAUGA